AUGCUUACAGAAAAAUGCUUGGGAUUUGUUUAUUCUGGACUAUGUCUUUGGGCGUCCUUGUUCCUUUCCGUUUUUAAAGUCUCUCAGCAGGGUGAAAGCCAAAGACGCUUGUACCGAGAACUGCUGAGAAACUACAAUCGUCUUGAACGGCCAGUGGUGAAUGACUCCCAACCCAUUGUAGUAGAGCUCCAACUUUCUCUGCUGCAGAUAAUAGAUGUGGAUGAGAAGAAUCAGGUAUUGAUCACGAAUGCAUGGCUGCAGAUGAACUGGGUUGACGUUUACUUGUCUUGGGAUCAGUCUGAAUACCCAGGGGUGCAGAACUUGCGAUUUCCAGCUGAUCAGAUUUGGGUACCAGACAUUCUUCUGUAUAACAGUGCAGAUGAAAGAUUUGAUGCAACAUUUCACACAAAUGUGCUGGUGAAUUAUUCUGGAUCCUGCCAAUAUAUUCCUCCAGGCAUUUUGAAGAGCACGUGUUAUAUUGAUGUCCGCUGGUUCCCUUUUGAUGUGCAGAAAUGUGAUUUGAAGUUUGGGUCCUGGACUCACAGUGGCUGGUUGAUUGACCUGCAGAUGCUCGAGGCUGAUGUUUCCAACUACAUCUCAAACGGAGAAUGGGAUUUAGUGGGUAUCCCAGGAAAAAGGAAUGAGAUGUACUACGAAUGCUGUAAAGAACCCUAUCCAGACGUGACAUACACCAUCACCAUGCGUAGACGCACCCUCUACUAUGGCUUGAACCUACUCAUUCCUUGUGUUCUCAUAUCUGGCUUGGCACUGCUUGUUUUCCUCUUGCCAGCUGAUUCAGGGGAAAAAAUUUCUUUAGGUAUCACUGUUCUGCUUUCGCUGACCGUAUUCAUGCUGCUUGUGGCUGAGAUUAUGCCUGCAACUUCUGACUCCGUCCCAUUGAUAGCCCAGUAUUUUGCUAGUAUCAUGGUCAUUGUCGGUUUGUCUGUGGUGGUAACGGUGCUGGUUCUGCAGUUCCAUCAUCACGACCCACAAGCAGGAAAGAUGCCCAAAUGGGUCCGCAUAAUCCUACUGAACUGGUGUGCAUGGUUUUUAAGAAUGAAAAAACCUGGGGAAAAUAUAAAACCUCUCUCUUGCAAGUACAGCUUUCCCAAGCACCAUCUGAGCCUAAACAGCAUGGAGAUGGAUGUCCUACCUGGGCACCAGUCCAGCAAUGGCAACACAAUCUACAGCUACCACAUGGCAGAUAAUCCAUGCUGCUCCCAGAUGAAUAAUCUGGGUAGCAAGAGUGGAAAGAUUACUUGUCCCUUACCAGAAGAUAUUGAGCUUCUUCAGAAGAAAGUCGUAGUGGAUACUGUACCAGUGAUCGUGAAGAUCUUGGAGGAAGUUCAGUUCAUAGCAAUGCGCUUUAGAAAACAAGAUGAGGGUGAAGAGAUCUGCAGUGAGUGGAAGUUUGCAGCUGCUGUUAUAGACAGAUUAUGCCUUGUUGCAUUUACCCUUUUUGCCAUUAUUUGCACGUUUACAAUACUCAUGUCUGCUCCAAAUUUUAUUGAAGCUGUUUCAAAGGAUUUUGCAUAA